AAGAUAAGAACCUCUUCCGGCCAGGAAACAUGGCGACGCCUAUUGUAAGGACCACAUUUGGAAAAGAACCGUACGACAUUUCCGUUUGAAUCCCAGCUUUUCCGAGAACCCGGGGCGCCAGGGGUGCGGGGGGCGUGGACUGUGGUCAUGGGUCUGGCGCGGUUGAACGGGCUCUUCGCCGCCUAUAAGCCCCCGGGGCUAAAGUGGCUGCACCUGCGGGAUACUGUAGAGCAGCAGCUUCUGAAGGGUCUCAAUGCCCCGAAGCCAUCUGUUCCUGAACAGCGUGUUCGCUUCUUGUUGGGCCCCAUGGAAGGCAAUGAAGAGGAGCUGGCCCUCACAGCCACCAGUGUGCCCACCCUCACCAACCACAGGCUUGUACUGGGAAUUGAACCCAGAGACUCGUACAUGCUAGUGUGUGGGCCAGCAUUCACCAGCCUGAAGAUUGGUGUGGGACAUCGGCUGGAUAUCCAGUCUUCUGGGGUACUUGUGCUUGGCGUGGGACGUGGACGAAGACUCCUCACCGACAUGUAUGAUGCUCACCUCACCAAGGAUUAUACAGUGCGUGGUCUUCUAGGCAAAGCCACAGACGACUUCCAUGAGGAUGGACGACUGGUGGAGAAGACCACAUAUGAUCAUGUGACUAGAGAGAAGCUGGACCGGAUUCUGGCUGUUAUCCAAGGCUCCCAUCAGAAGGCCCUGGUGAUGUACUCUAACCUAGACCUGCAGUCCCAGGAGGCCUAUGAGAUGGCCACGAGAGGUGUGAUCCGGCCCAUGAACAAGUCCCCGAUGUUGAUCACUGGCAUCCGGUGCCUCCAUUUUGCACCUCCAGAGUUCCUCUUAGAGGUGCAGUGUAUGCACGAGACACAGCAGCAGCUGCGCAAGCUGGUGCAUGAGAUCGGCCUGGAGCUGAAGACCACUGCUGUCUGCUCCCAAGUGCGGCGCACACGGGACGGCUUCUUCACACUGGAUGAUGCCCUCCUGAGGACUCACUGGGACCUACACAGCAUCCAGGAUGCCAUCCAGGCUGCAGCGCCCCGGGUGGCAGCCGAGCUGGAAAAGAACCUGAAGCCAAGGUUGGGCACCCAGGAGCUCCCCAGUCCCGGCCCAUCCUGGAACUCCGAAGGCCUGAGCUCUGCCUUGGAGGCAGGGAGCUGUGCAGGGCAUUGAUAGGCCAGGCUGUUGGCGGGGCAGUGGGCGCCAUAGCAUAAAGGCUCAGUAUUCAUGAGCCAGAACCAGUGAGUGUGAGGAAUUGAGAAUAAGAGAAGCUCUUCUACAUGGACACAAAACUGAGUCUGUAAUAGGAAAGAUUAGUGGGCUUAACCCAAUUGAAAAGGAAAAAACUCUGUAUGGAGAAAGAGAUGAUAAACAAAUGACAGACUAAUAAAAAAAUUUGCAGUAUCUUUAACUAGGAA